AUGCCGAACCAACACGGCGAUACCAAGCGUGUGUAUGCCAAGCCGUUCUUCGAAUGGUGCAUGCAGAACGGCGAGCGCGGGAAGACGCUCCUCCGGGAGUUCAGGGACCCGGAGAAGCUGCCGACGGAGGUGGCGUUUAGGUCGCACCACAGGGCAAAGUGGAAGUGUCUGAAGUGCAAGCACGCGUGGAGGGCGAAGAUGCACAACCGCACGUGCAGCGUCAAACCCAGCGGGUGUCCGAAGUGCGCGAAUCAAAUGCCGCUGUGUAGGACCAACAACUUCGUCACGUGGUGUAACGCCAACGGCGACCGAGGCAAGAAGCUCCUGAAAGAGUACGUGGACCCGGACAGGGAGCCGACGCAAGUUACGAGAGGGUCGACAUACAAGGCGCUGUGGAAUUGUGAGACGUGCGAGCACGAAUGGAGGGCGCCGAUGAACAACCGCACGAGGAGUGUUAAACCCAGCGGAUGCCCGCAGUGCAACCCCCCUGGAGGUCCAAAGAAGAAGCGCCAGCGCGACGACUGA